ACUAGUCCAGGCCACUUCCUACGCAAACAACUCAAGGUUUCACACGCGAGGCUUUUUGAAGUGGAUCACUGUGUAGUAGUGCUUCGCCCGAUUCGAAACAGCAAGGUCCGGCGGCGCGGGAGCGCCCCAUAUCAGCACAUUCAUUACCACACUGCUUGCUGCUGCACACUGCGCGCUGCUGCGCUUACCACUCACCCAACACCAAAACCAUGGCCUGCAACGUCGCCUGCGGAACGGCAGGCAAGACCUGCAACGCCGCCUGCGUCACCCCGCCGACGCGCAGCGACGACGACGUCCGCUGCGCCGCCUACGCUUCGGAGCUCGGCGUCAACGAGCAGAAGCGCCUGCGCGUCCUCUGCCUCCAUUCGUUCCGGACGAACGCCAAGAUCCUCGAGACGCAGCUCAUGUUAAGAGGCUGGCUCAAGCGGCUGCGAGACAGCGUCGAGUUCGUGUAUCUCGACGCGCCCUACGCCUGUUCAACAGAUGAAGCAUUGAGGCAGGACGCGGCCGUUCGCGAGUACUUUCCAACAGAAACGUACGGGCCGUACCGGGAGUGGUGGAACGCGUCGGCGAACGGCGAGUACGCGCGGCUCGAGGCAACUUUGAAACAUGUCGACGACUUUAUCGUGAACAACGGCCCCUUCGACGGCUUGCUCGGCUUCUCGCAAGGUGCGGCUCUCGCGUGUUCCUUGGCCAACCUCGCGGCGACGGGCGACUUCCCGCACCGCUUCGGGUUUGUCGUCGCGCUGUCGCCGCCGCCGCCGCGCGAUCCGAGACUGAAAUUGUUAGAUGGUGCUUCUGUACCAACAAAGGCCUUGUUCUGUGUGCACGAGCGAGACCUGGUCGUACCCGCGGCCGCCACCGAAAGGCUCUGCCAGAAGUUUACAAAUGCUACAUUAGUUAGAUGCCCGGGCUCCGACCACGCGCCUCCGAAGUUCUCAGGUGAUUCUCUCCCACUAGUGGCGGCCUUCUUCGCUGAGGUGUUGCAAGCGCCGCCCCUGCCGCCGCCGCCACCAUUGUCGCGGCAAUCAUCAGGACAAUCCCCGAAAUCGCCGAAGCGGUCGUUGAACAUCGCCGGCGCGUCGCACUACGUCAAGGGCAAGAACGGCGGGUUGGUCAGAGAAGCGGCAUCACUAGAUUCCGCGGAGGUCGCUUUAUUACCAACAUUACAACCGGUGCGCGUCGUCGAGCACCGCGCAUUGCCGACGCGGCCCGACGGCCGGCCCGGCGUCGAGCGCUGCCGCAUCGUCGAGCCCGUCCGCGGCUGGGUGUCGCGGCGCUGCCUGAAGUCCGUGGCGGACCUCACUAGUGAAGAACCGUCCGUCGUCGUGUCGGGCGGGCCCGGGCCGCCGGCGCUGUGAAUCGCAUCCUUUCCCCCCUGUGUACUAAGUAGUCAAAUCAUUA